ACUAAGCAAUGGUUAAAACAGCUGAUGCCGUGAUUGCAGUCUGCAAACAAAUUCGGAAAAAUGCAUCAGGCUUAUCAAGUGCAUUCCAUCCUGAAACAGGUUGUACAAAUAGAAUCAUUAGCUGCAUAUGGCAACAAUGUCAUCCUUGGAACGAGAAGUGGUCAGAUCAUUAUGUACUCUGUCGAUGAAAAGGCUGGAGUGGACAUGCGGAUGUUCAGCAAGAAUUUCAGCCGCAAACCCAUCACACAAAUGGAGGUGAUAGAGGAGGAGAAAUUGCUUUUUGUGCUUACCGACCAAAUGAUUCAUGUAUGUGAUCUCAGCCGAAUGGAAAGCAGUUUUGUGCUGGUGCACGUAUCCCAGGAUACAAAGGGCGUAACGUUGUUUACUUUGGAUGUGGAUUCCCAAAAAUCGACCACCGGUGAAAUGGCCACAUUUAUACGCCUGUGCUGUGCCAUACGACGUCGUCUGGUUUUUUUCUUUUGGAAAACGGAUAAAUUGGAUUCCCUUCAGCUAUCCAUUGAGCUAGCCGAUGUGCCGCGAUCCCUAUGUUGGGUUGCCCAGACUGUUUGUGUGGGAUGCAAGGAUGAAUAUGUGGUCUACAAUAUUAGUGCGAUACCUCCAACAAAGCAUGAUCUAUUCCCAACAUCUUCGGCAACAAGUAGAGAACCAUGCAUUAGCCUUAUACGAAAGGAUCUUUUGGGCGUAUCAAAAGAUGACUAUCUAAUUUUGGUCGAUCCCAGUAAAUAUACAGCUAAAGAUGGUUCUACCGAAGUUGUAAGCAUUGACCAAAAGAAUGCUUUGCCUCCAUUGGGGUGGAGUCAGGCUCUCUUAGGAUUGGUCUGGGAUGAACCAUACGUUGUGGGUCGCACACAAAGCGCUGUUGAAGUGCGCAGCUUAGUGGGCAAGGACACUCUUGUCCAGACAAUACCCGAGCUGCAGAAGAGCAAAUUUUUGGUACGUUCAAAGAAAGGAACCAUUUUUGCAGCUGCCACUUCAGAACUGUGGUGCAUACGUCUGGUGGAUAUACCGACUCAAAGGACACAAUUACUCCAACAAAAGAAAUACCAAUUGGCCAUAGAGUUGACAGAAAUCUCCGAGGAACCGGCGGAGGAUAAAGCUCAAACCAUACGCCAAAUCCAUAUGCUUUAUGCAAAGGAAUUAUUUACUAACAAGGAAUUCUCUGCGGCCAUGAAAGAGUUUGAAAAGGCAUCCAUUGAUCCCUAUGAUGUGAUACGCUUAUUUCCAAACUUGGUGCCAGAACUGGCUGCUACAACAGGCAUGGAUGCAGUGCCAACGUCAAGUGUGCCUCAGCUGGAGGAACGUGAUCUGGAAUAUGCCUACCUGGCUCUCAUUGAAUUCCUAGCCCAGGCUCGUCAACGAGAGGUCGUUAAAUUGCGUGACACCAAAAGCUCGUCGAAAUCUUUGCUAGAGAUCAUAGACACCACUUUACUAAAGUGCUAUUUACAAACCAAUGAUUCCUUGGUGGCGCCAUUGCUUCGGCUCAACCAAUGUCAUUUGGAGGAGUCGCAAAAGACAUUGAAAAAACAUAACAAAAUCUCUGAGCUUAUUAUUUUAUAUCAAAUGAAAGGCAAACACAAAGAGGCCCUAAAAUUGUUACGAGAGCAAGCAAACAAAGAAGGUUCAGUCCUCCAGGGCAGAGAGAGAACCAUUAGAUAUUUGCAACAAUUGGGCGGAGAUCAUUUGCCGCUAAUAUUUGAGUUUGCAGACUGGGUCCUUCAGGAGGCACCUCAAGAAGGUCUUACCAUAUUCACAGUUGAGCUAAUCGAGGUGGAAUCUCUACCACGGGCUAAGGUUCUUGAUUUUUUGGUCAGCAAACACAAGUCCUUGGUCAUCCCAUAUUUGGAGCACGUAAUAAAUGUCUGGGAUGACACGAACACACUGCGUCAUAAUCUUCUGAUCAAGCAAUAUCGAGAGCAAGUACAGCGUAUGCUGGAGAAUGACAAGGACAAUCCAGAUCUUGAGUCGCUACGUUCCAAGCUGUAUAAAAUGCUCGCAGAGACCCAUAAUUAUAGCCCAGAUCGUGUUCUGGAGGACUUUCCCACCACCGUGCUCCUGGAGGAGCGUGCUCUCAUUCUGGGCCGCCUAAAGAAGCAUGAAAAAGUAUUGGCCAUUUUUAUACAAGCCUUAGGUGAUGUCUCAAAGGCCAAGUCAUACGCAGAGGCCAAUUAUGGGCAUGAUAAAAAUAUUUUUCACAUAUUAUUGAAAACUGUGGUAAAUCCUCUACCCCAGGCACCUUAUGAAGGCAUACAACUGCAUCCGGAUUUCAUUAGACCCAAUCGAAAAGUAGCAUUGGACUUGCUUAAUGCCUAUGCGACUAAAAUUGAUCCUUCAGACAUAUUCCAAUAUUUGCCCGAUGACAUGACCCUCAAAGAGCUGCAAAAUUAUCUCGAGAAAUGCAUACGUACCCAAUUGGCCGAUAAACAUCAACGUCAAAUGAUGAUUGGUCUGCUGGAGGCAGAAUCCAAGCGUCUGCAGUCCGAACUAAAGAACCAGAAGCAAAUCGCCUUUGAGCUGAACGAAUUCAGUGUGUGCCCAGAGUGUAAGAAACGCUUUUCCAGCCAAUCGGCAUUUGUUCGUUAUCCCAGUGGUCAGGUGGUUCAUCUGUCGUGUCAUGAUCGUAGUGCAAGGGCAGCAUUGCAGCAAUAAAUCUGUUUUAUAUAUGGGUAUUUUAUAUAUUUGUUUAUGUGAUAAAAUAAAAAUGUAU